GGUCCGACCGACGACUCCACGCUUUCACCUACCCUUUCCUUCUUACCAAUCCACCAACCCCACACGAUACCACCCAACCCCCUUUCUCGUUGAAUUGUCACAAUGGCCGCCGCACCCCUUCCCUUUACCAACAACCCUGGCCUUUCUGAAAGGUAUCAGUCCCUCGACCAGCGCGGCAAGAUCCAGGCCGAGUACAUCUGGAUCGACGGCGAUGGAGAGAUCCGAGGAAAGACUACGACCGUCGACAAGCAGGUCAAGUCGCUCAAGGAUCUCAAGGAGUGGAACUUCGACGGCUCGUCGACCAACCAGGCCCCUGGUGACAACUCGGACGUUCACCUUCGCCCCGUCGCCUACUACCCUGACCCUUUCCGUCGUGGAGACAACAUCAUCGUCCUCUGCGAAUGCUACAACAACGAUGGCACCCCCAACAAGUCGAACCACCGUCACUGGGCCAACAAGAUUAUGAGCCAGAAGGAGGUUGCCUCCGAGAAGCCCUGGUUCGGUCUUGAGCAGGAGUACACCCUCUUUGACAUCGAUGACAAGCCCUACGGCUGGCCCAAGGGUGGUUUCCCUGCUCCUCAGGGCCCUUACUACUGCGGUGUCGGCGCUGGCAAGGUCUUUGCUCGUGACAUCGUCGAGUCGCACUACCGCUGCUGCCUCCACGCCGGCAUCAACAUCUCGGGCAUCAACGCCGAGGUCAUGCCCGCUCAGUGGGAGUUCCAGGUCGGCCCCACCGAGGGCAUUGAGAUGGGUGACACCUUCGUCGUUGCCCGCUACCUCUUGCUCCGUGUGGCCGAGGAGUGGGGCGUCAAGGUUUCCUUCCACCCCAAGGCCGUCCCUGGCGACUGGAACGGCGCUGGCUGCCACACUAACUACUCGACUGAGUCUAUGCGCAAGGAGGGCGGCAUGAAGGCCAUCGAGUCGGCCAUUGAGAAGCUUUCCAAGCGCCACAUGGAGCACAUCAAGGUCUACGGCGAGGACAACGACCUUCGUCUCACCGGCCGUCACGAGACGGGCCACAUUGGCUCAUUCUCAAGUGGUGUCGCCAACCGUGGCGCCUCGAUCCGCAUUCCUCGCCACGUUGCUGCUCAGGGCUACGGUUACCUCGAGGACCGUCGCCCGGCCUCGAACAUCGACCCUUACCUCGUCACGGGCAUCCUCUGCGAGUCGACGCUGCUCCUUUAAAGAGAUGUGCGCGCAGCUAUUCUGCGAGAAUAAGAAGAAAGAUGAUCACCGCUCGCCACCACGUCCCCUGCUACACGCUCUGCCCACAUACACUCGUCUCUCUUGCUCCUCUUAUCUCGUCGUCCCCACCUUGUCAAGCUCAUCCAAUGACCAUAGCUUCGUUUUGCGUCUCAAAAGGCUUCUUAUUCGAGCAGUCGAAGUAUCGUGACAGCUAGCCUUGCCAGCUCGUGCUAGCCACCUUUGACGCGAAGGAUCCUUGGUGGCCAUGACCUGUCCAUCGCAAUCCUGGACGCUCCAUAGCGACUCUUGGAUGCGCCAUAGCCAUCGUGAUUGACCCCGGAAUUCGUGCGCGUACGCGCACUGAAGAUUUGUUGUGCUCGUGGUCGGCGUGCACGAGGACGAAGUGAAUGAUGUGAAUAGGCCAUAAGCAUCGCCUAC